GCAGCCGACAACCUGAGGAAGACGGCGCGGGUGGCGAAGGGCCUGAGCGUGCCAGGCUGGCUGAACGACCUGGCCCACGGCCACAUCAUCGGCAUCAGCCAGUUCGACCCGUCGCUCCCACCCCUGCCGCCAGGAACUGUCGUGAAGCGCCAGCCCGACACCUUCGGCUCGUCGGUGGAGGCGCGCAUUCGCUGCGUGGCCCGCCACAACCUGAACUCGGACUUGCAGGAGGCCGGAAGAGCUGCGCUGAAGCAGAAGACGGAGCUGGUGGUC